AUGAAAGGUGAAGCCUUCAAGUGGAAAGAAGGACUCUGCUUUCUGCGAAGCCAAGACCAAGUUUGGAAGCUAUGUGUCCCCAACGAUGACGUGCUACGCGCCGAGAUUUUAUCUUGCGCGCACGAUUCAAGCACUGCCGCGCCCCGGCCUAUCCCGAAAGCUACCCCUGUUAUUCUAGACGAAUCCACCGGUGAAGAGAUGUACAUUGUCGAGAAACUGCUCCAAAGCACCAGUUCAAUCGGGAGUGCUUGGUCAAGUGGCAUGGACAGCCCGAAAGCGAAGCCAGUCGAGAAAGAAGCGUAUUCUGUCGUGGAGUCCUGCAAGCGAUUGAACUAUCUACUCGUGCGCCCAGAUGGUUUUCGUUUGCUUACGAACCAUCGCAAUAUCGUGUACAUGUUCAAACCGUCGAGAUCGAACUCGAAAAUUGCGAAUUUGGAGCGCCGACUCGCGCUCUACAUGGACCCUGACGAUCGAAUCUGGGUGCCCGACAGCGCCGUGGACCUUCAGCAACGCUUGUGCGUAAUUACCCACCAAGGUGCAAGUGGGCAUCGACGAAUCGCAGCUACGACGAAAUCAGUGGCAGCCAACUUCAUCUGGAGGACCCUCAAGGACGACGUGGAGAAGUUCGUCCGUGGAUGCCUACUGCUUGUGUGUUGA